AUGAACUAUUCCUCUACAAUUCUUGGUUUGGGUGUCGUAGCCCUUGUUCUGCUUUUUCCACCGCUAGCAUGGCAUUCAAAGACUCGUAAUACGCCAGCUAUCAUUUUGAUCGUCUGGCUUAUAAUAAUGGACAUCAAGCUCAUAGUUGAUGCUGCAAUUUGGGGCGGCUCUGAUUUUGCUCAAAAAUGGGCAGGUUACGGCUGGUGUGACCUGAUGACGAAGCUGCAAGUCGGAGCCAAUGUGGGAUUAUCCUGUUCUGUAGCUAAUAUCGCCUUCAAUUUACACACCAUUUUGAAAGCAGACAGCGUUCUUCCAGAGCCCAAGUCGUGGCGCAAGUUACGGACAGAUCUAUGCUUCAGUUUAAUCACACCCAUCGCCGUUAUGGGACUAUCAUACGUGGUCCAGGUUUACAGAUUUAUAAUUUUUAGGUACAAUGGGUGCCAAAAUCUGCUUGUACCAACGUGGGAAACCGUGGUGGUUUAUACCAUGUGGAUGUUUGCAUGGUCGUUUGUUGGAUUUGUUUACGCGAUAUUACUGCUUCACGUUUUCUACCAGAAACGUAAAGAUGUCAGGGACAUUCUUCACUGCACCAACAGUGGCUUGAAUUUGGCACGAUUUGCACGACUUCUCAUGUUCUGCGUUUUGAUCAUUUUGGUUAUGUUCCCCUUCUCUUUCUAUUCAUUUGUGGCCGAACUACAAGAACUAAGCAGUGGUUACAAUUUUCAAGCGAUUCACGACAAAUCGUCAUGGAAUACAGUGGUACGCCUCGAUAUCAAGAAACCACUUUACAGCGUUUGGCUGUACAUCUUGAUGUCUUAUCUAGUCUUUGUUGUUUUUGGACUCGGUACAGAUGCGCUCAAAAUGUACGCAGAUUGCGCCAGAUGCUUAGGUUUAGGACCAUUGAUGGAUGUUAUUUCGCAACGUUUGGAAGCGAGGAGUCAGAAGCGCAGGUCUAAGCUUUCCUACUUUGUCCGCAGCGAUCAAGAGACUUUCAAGAACAAUGGUGGUCCUGGUAGUUCCUCUGAUGGCACUAGUGUGAUGAAAUCCUCAAAAGGUUUCUCUGAUGGUGAAUCCUACGAAUUCGAGGCCACCACACCUACUUCGCCAUCUCAUUUUAUUAUUGAUUAUGUGCUGCCUCAUGAAAGGGUUCGCAAGGAAAGAAUACGGGGGAAAGGUGGUAAAAUAGAUGAUUUGGAAAGUUUAUCCUACAUGGUACAACCCAUGGCGCCGAUCAGUUUUGAUGAUGAUCUCCAUUUUAACGACCCAUCCGACCCAACUGUUCAAACGGGGCGGGUUUCAUAUCACUCAGAAGGUCCGUCCUCGUCGUCAGACUAUGGUAGUGCCAGAAAUGUGAUGGAAGACAAAGCUUCGGACUUUCAAGAAAAGUGA